UUAUACCCGCGGCUUCGGCAUUACCUUCAGAUUUCAAAGUAUCCGCCUCGUCUUACGUAAUUGUAGGCCUCGUUGGCAAUGAAAAUGAAGGGUAUUGCAUGACAUGAAAAGAAUCCCCUCAUCUGAAUAGCCAGAUGAAGGGUAGAUGCCUGGUUUUUGUAUUGUUUGAGGUCCUUACUUUGGGGUGGUUGGUCUUCUCCUUCUCACUCGUGUACAGUAGGAUAGUCCGAGCCGAUUUCAUUCGCUGGAGAGUCGAACAGCAUGCUCUUGAUCAUGGAUUGUUGAAGCCAGACACAGCCAAGGAUGAGCGAAACAGCAGUCCCUCGACGAAAUGGCUAAGGACACUCAUCAUGUGCUUGGCAAUUGUGCGGAAGAAACGAAAUGCCGGCUCUGCGACAAUAGCAGCCACUGCCGCCACUCCCGACGACCCGGUGCCUGUCGCCCGGCACCUCAAUUCAGCAGAUACAACAGCGGUGGCAGGUGCAGAUGCAGUACCGGUAUCAAGGAGCAACAGAAGUACCAACAUAACCACGGAUUUGCUGUCAGCCGCAGUCAGUGGGCACACAGACGAUCUCGCAAUACUAGCCAUUGCCGGUGCGGCUCUACUUCUGCUAGCAGUCGCUUGCAUGGUUCUGUAUGCAGUCAUGCUGUCAACAGUGCGCCGGGGUCUCCAAAGGAGAACUAAAGGAAUUCUCAACGACAGAGUAACUAAGGGAAUUCCUGAUGGCAGAGCAUGGUCGAGUAGGCCACAACAGCAGCAGGAGUGUCACGGUGGUGCAGAGUGUUCGUCACUGAUAGCUGAUUUGCUCAUGCAUCAGCAUCACAGCCUGUCGACAUGCCAAGAUGAACCUAUUGAUGCAGCCGUCGGCAGGGACAUCUUCAGCAACAGCACUUCACCUCCUUCCUUCUGUAGCCCCACUGAGAAUACCAGCAUUGAUGGUGUUGGUGGUAGGGGUAGUGGCUCCAGACCACCUUCAUUGUUUGUCAGUGACAUGGAUGAUAGCACAGACCUUUACCCUUGCACCUUUGAUAGCGACAAUGGCGCUGAUAGUAAUGAAGAAAAUGAGGCAGAAGCUAGGGAAGCAGACACGGGGUCCGUGAGCCUUCAUGAUGAGUCAGACAGAACUCUCAAGGCUGAUAAUGCGCACGAGCUUGGCUCCUCAGACAGUCCUGACAACGAGCUGCAGCACAAUGGUGUUGACAGCAGAGUAGAUCUUUUGUUUGCGCAGGACACAUCAUCAGAUGAAGACUGCAGUACUCUAUGCUAUUCUAGCCCUGAGGACAGCAUGUGAGAAUCAUUGCCUGUAAGCGCAGCAUAUCACCCCCCCCCCCCCAGUUCUAUACCAAUACACCCAUUUCAGGUCCAGUACCCUUUAUUUUCCUCUUCCCUUCUUAUGAAAUAAAUAAAUUUCACGGUUCGCGUGAGACUCGGCUGGAAGCCGAGUUUUCCGCAUUCGCCGUGGGAACGCCACCACCCCCUAGGAUCAAAGGCGCAGAUGCCCUUCUUAUGUUCACUUAUAAUUAUUCCUUUCUUAUCUUAAUCCUCUCCUUCCUUCCCACCUACCCCCCCCC